GAGCUCCGCCACAACAGAUGGACCUCUCGCGCUCUCCUCCUCCUAUCAGCUCGUGGUGGAUGCACGCGCCCAAGUGAUUGUCUCCAACGGCUGGAGAGCGGGCGAGUUAGCCGAGUAGUUUACCGUUAACGGACAGUAACGGGAAUAAGGGGAAAGACGGAGAGGAGGCGAACCGGAGAGCCUGCGUCCCCGGGUUUGGUGAGCCGAGAGAGGAGCUCCAAAAGUCGGCAGGAAUCAGACAGAAGCCUCGGUGUAGCUAACUCACUCUUUCUGGUGACUCAACAAGAUCACACUGUCUUCACUACGCUCCUCUCAUGCUGACUGAAAAUGGAUGAUACACAGGACGGGGUUCAGAUUGGAGAGAACAAGUUCAUCAGCAAGGCAACAAUCCUCUCCCAUCUUAAGACAUACAACCUCUACUAUGAAGGGCAAAAUCUACAGCUCAGACACAGAGAGGAAGAGGGGGAGUUAAUUGUCGAGGGCUUGCUAAAUAUCUUCUGGGGUCUGCGGCGACCAAUCAGGCUUCAGAUGCAGGAUGACCACGAGCGAAUUCGACCACCCCCCUCCUCCACGUCCUGGCACUCGGGUUGUAAUUUGGACAGUCAAGGUUCCCCCAACAGCACAGAUGGUCAGCAGAUGACACCGCAGAGCCCGCCCACAGUGGAAGUGACGCCACCCGACAUCCAAUCCAAUGACAACGGUAUGACAGAAGAAGAGACAGAAGAGGACAGUGAGAGCUCCGCUCAGCUCCUCAGGACAAAGAGUGAUGCCGGAGUCUUAAGACGGGGACAGCGACGGUCACCGAGUGACCAGAGGAAAAUUCGACGCCAUCGAUUCUCCAUCAACGGACACUUCUACAACCAUAAGACAGCAGUGUUUACUCCUGCUUAUGGCUCAGUGACUAAUGUCCGCAUCAACAGCUGCAUGAGAACACCUCAGGUGCUACGAGUCCUCCUCAACAAGUUUAAAAUUGAAAACAGCCCAGAUGAUUUUGCACUCUACCUUGUCCAUACAAGCGGAGAGCGUGUGAAGCUGAAGCGGAGUGACUAUCCUCUGGUGCUGAGAGUAAUGCAGGGUCCAUGUGAGCUGGUCUGUAAAGUUUUCCUCAUGGAAGAAGAUCUGGGGGAAGAAGUCACAUAUGAUGUGGCACAGUAUAUCAAGUUUGAGAUGCCUGUCCUGCAGAGUUUCAUCACCAAGCUGAAAGAGGAGGAGGACAGAGAGGUGCAGAAACUCAGGAGAAGGUAUAAUUACCUGCGGUGUAUAAUUGAAAAACAGCUCCGGUGUCUUCCAGAGGGUGCAACCUGUAUUUGAUCUGCUCAUGGUGAGGACUCCUUCCAGCACAUCAAACUGUCAAAACCUUUCCCAGAGUACAAUAUCCUCCACCCAGCUGUGCCUGAGAAUUAGCUGACAAGAACCUGAUCAUCCUGCUCCUUUGAAUCCCUGCUUCUGCAUGGAGUCUUUUUCAAAUCAAUCAUUCAAUUUACAGACAAAACUUUAACAUGCCAUGACUUGUGUGCAUGUUAAGUGUGACCAUCUCAGCAAUAGUCUUGAGAGUCGUGAUGACUCACAGCCUUGUAAAGUGUAUUGAAACUCAAUCAUUUCAUCUCUGCUUUUCUCUCUAUAUUUCUUUGUCCUUAUGUACAGUACAUACAGAAAGACAUUCCUCUACACCUGAGUAAUUUUAAUGUCUUUGCAGAAAAGUGCUUUGCAGAAUGAGCCUAAAAUGUGACGUCCUGUCUUCUGUCUACCCCCCCAGACUGCACACUGAUACCCAAAAUCAAUUUAAAGCACAAACUUCAUAAUAUAUGCUCUUAGCAAAGUGCCUGUUAAAGGUUUCUUCAAGCACAAAAACACACACUUUGAUGAAAUAUUUAGGACAUUUUAGGGGUUUUAACAGGAAAGCACAAAGCUAUGGUAGAACCAUGUCAGACCACACAGUUCAGGUUAAAUGUGAAACUGACCAGACCAUAAGCAAAAGGUUGUGGCCCCAAAAGCUGACACCAUCCAGUGCCGGAUUGCACUGGGUGUUUUCAUGGUCCUCGCUUUUUCAGAAUUUGUUAAAUAUUGUAAUUGAAAGAAUAUGAUUUACCCUCCCCUUUUUAUUGCAGCUGAGAACUUCUCUGCAGGGGUUAUUGAAGGCCAUGUGAAGGGAUAAUGUGUGUAUGUUGUCACCAUCAGUCUGAUGAUGACAACAGUUGUGCCUUCUCUGCAGGCGUACAAACUGAAUGUUUAAGACAUUUUAAGAUUGAAGUUAAGGAAUAGUUUGGUAUUUUCAGAAAAAUACAUUCCUUCAUUUUCUUGCUGACAGUUAGCUGAGAGGAUUGAUGCCACUCUGCACUGUGUAUAUGAGGCUACCACCAGCCACUUAGCUUAGCUAAACUUAGCAUAAAGAUUGGAAAAGGGAAAUGACAAGUUGUGGUUUUACAGGGGUUUAUGUGCCAGAUUAUAUCUUGGUUGAGACCUUGAGACCUAGUGUGGCACAUAACCUCCUGUAACAUUUUUUUUUUCACAGUUGAUUCAUCAAACUCUGCAAAAAAUCAAAUAAGUAUAUUUUCCAAAAUGUCAAACUUUUCCUUUUAAAGAGAAAAAUCCAUCUGGAAUUUAACACUUUUAGGCCCCUUUUGUUUUCUGGCUAUCUGAAUGUUCUUACUUGUUUUACUGCCUUAAGCAAGAUGACAAUGAGAUUUUAAGCACAGUAAAAUACUAUUUGACAGAAUAACAAUUUUAAUAUUCAUUCUUCACACAAUGUCUGAAGACACAAAGUCUUAACGCCUUGUCGAAGAAUAUUCAUGGGUGGAUUUUUUUUUUUUUUUUUUUUUUUUUUUCCUUCUACAUCCAACAAAGAAUGACGCAAAAAACACAAGACACAAGUGAAAUCCCACAAGACUGUGAAUUAUACUGAUUAUCUUUAAUGGAGAAUGUUUUAAAUGUGCAAAAGAUCGUUUCAAAGCAGUACAGUUUGCCUCCACAUGUACAGCGCUUUGCAUAUGUCUGCUUUUAUCUGUGUGCGUACAGAACGAUGUUUUAGUAUUUCCAACACCUUUGUUGAAAAUCUCGCAGUACACAGUGGACUAUGUCAUCAAGUGUGUGUGUGUGUGUGUGUGCGGUUCUGAAAGUGUGCAUGUUAUAUUUUUAGUGACUGUUAAGACUUGCCUGCUUUUGUAUUUUGUCUUUUACAAAACAAUGAAGAAACUCAGUCUUUAAAAUGUUCAGAACUCAUGCCACUACUUAGAAAAUGUAGUUUUUUUUGUUUUGUUUUUUUUCGUACAAUGAUUGUUAUUUAAUAAAAAAAAAAGUUAUCUUGAGAAAAGAUGUACAUAUAUAUCCGUGGUCUCCCUCUGUCUCGUUCAGGUCAGUGGGUUAAAAGCCGAGCAUGUUAUGUAAUGAUGUUUAAAGCUUGUUGUAUAAUUUAAAAUGAUAUUAUAACACAGUUUGCUGGCGGCGAGGACUCAUGGUCGAAGCUUCUGGAGAGCUCAUUACGUGUUCACUUAGGGGGGAGUUAAAUAAUUGAGACAAAUUUAGAAACAGACGCUCAGGUAUUUAUAUGCCUGUUGUCUGUGGUACAGCAGCUUACUGUACAUUCAGCCAGUGAGCAGGUGUGAGUCAGAGUGAUCCACUCCACCUGAUUGAAGUUGUCUGGAGGAUAACAGGCUGGCCCUGAAACAUACUUCCCUACAGACAGUCAGGAGGAGUCUGAGCUGCAAACACGCACUUUGUGGAGGAGGAGCAUCAUCUCAACUGCCGCACUGGUUCCUCUCCGUUGAAAACAGCCACUCAACAGGUGAGAUGUCUUAUUCUAAGAAAACAAUCAUUUUUUAGAAUUAAGGUGUGUUACUUUUUUAGUAUAAACUGGUAUGAAGAUUUUCAGCAGGUUGAAAUGGUGUUUCUUAUUUUCCUAUGUUGUUUUUGUCAGUGUAUUUCCCUUUUUUUUUUUUUUGGAUGUAAUGUUAAUACGUCCUCUGCUGCACAAAUUAGGGACCAUCUCUAGAAAGCACAAUUAAUGAUACACUGGGAAACGGACCAUGGUGCUCCAAAUUAAAUCAAGUAUUUCAUCUUCUCUGUGAGUCUAGGCUACUGUGGCUGUAAUCUGAGAGUUACUGGAUUAUUCUCAAACUAAGUGACCCCGUGUAAUUAUAGCUCAACUCAUCUUCUGAGAGGACACAGAUUAGAGGGUAGUUUGACGACAGCAAAGCAAAUGAUGUCAUGCUGCUCACUAGGAACACACUGUAGUCGGGGGGCGGAGGUAUUCAAAUUGUUUACUUAUGUAAAAAUAAUAAUACCACACUACACAAAUACUCCUCUAUAAAAAAUUAAAAAAAAAAGAUUCAUGUAAAAGUAUAAAAGUAUUUACAACUAAAUGUACUUGAAGCAUAAAAAUUUAAAGUUGUCAUGAUGCAGAAUGGUCCCUGUUUUAUUUUGGGAUCAUUUAUUAUUGAGCAGUACUUUGGUGCUGCAGUUGGUUUAGGUGGAGUCAAUUUUAACAGCUUCAUAUGGGCUCCUGUUGCGUACUUUAAUGUACGAUAAUCCAUCAUAAUUUAUAAAACGUGCAUCCUUGAUCUGAAAGACUAGUAACUACCAGCAAUAGCUGUAAAUGUAAUAAAUGUAGAACAGUAUUUCCUCAGAAUUGUUGUGGAGUUGAAAUAUAAAGUGGAAGGAAGCCACUCAGGUUCAAAGUUAUAAUUGCAUACAGUACUUGACUAAAUGUUUACAUCACUGCUUAUACUCCUAAUUUGUAAUUAUUUGUUAGAAAAAAUAUUGUCAAGAGUGUGUGAGAAAAAACUCCAAGAGUCAUUUAAAAGUUCACUUAAUCAAUCAUCAUCUUGCUUAAUCAAACAUUUUCUAUUGAAAGAAAAUGUCACAUUAUUCAAUUGAUUAUUUUUAUUAUUUAUUAUGACUAAAUACUGAAUGUCAUAUUGACAGUGAUAAAUUAUAGUGACAUAUCUAACACACAAUGCUUUAUAUUAUGUUACACUUUAUAAUAGUAUAUUAUUACUGUUUAAUAUGUGAAUUUACAUAGUCUGCACAUACAUUCUUUGUAACACUAUAUACUUGGAAAUUAUGAAAUCUAUCUGAUCCCAUGUCAGCUGCAGUGUUAAAUUGUGUUGCAAGAGUGAUUGUGUAAGAUGUUUGUUAAAGCUGGAUUAAGACCAGUGAUCUGUUCGGCUCUUAAUUUGUCAGAGAUGUAAAAAUACCACACAGCAGGACUAAAGCUGCAAUGAGAACAUCCCAUGAGUCUCUGUAUAUAUGUGUGUGUGUGUGUGUGUGUGUGUGUGUGUGUGUGUGUGUGUGUGUGUGUGUGUGUGUGAGAGCACUGUGUGUCCUAACCCUAAGCAAUGGUGGAAUAUUACUAGGUGCAUUUACUUACUGAAGUACAAUUAUGAAGUACUUAUACUUAAGUACUUUCAUUUAUGCUACAUUUUUACAGAGAAAUACUGUAAUUUUUACUCCGAGUCCUGCACUGAUUGAACAUCUAUAGUUUGCAAUUACUUAAAAAUCAAGAUUUUGCACCCAUGAAUAUGAUGAAAUUCUAAAAUAUGCACUUUUAUGCAUUAAACUACCCAAUGUUUGCCUGAUAAUAUGAGCUAUUUUAAAUUUUGAAUGUAUGAUUUAUAGCUUAUUAAAAUAUUUGUUAUGAUUUACUUAAGGCUUCCUUAACAUCUAAUGUAUUUCUUAUAAUGAGAUGGCCUUUUCUAUAAUAAUAAAUACAUUUUUAAAUGCUACUUAUUACCUGUGAUUAUCUUUAUUUUUUUAACUCUGGAAAGUGUUUUUUGCUUGAAAAGUGUUCUAUGAAUUAACUGCUAUUAUUAACUAUAAUUAUUAUAAAUGACCAAUUAUUAUCAGUAACAGAGUAUUGAUAGAGUGUGUUAUUACUUAUUACUUUUAUUUAGGUAAAGGAUCUGAAUACUUUUUCCACCACUGUCCAGAAUCAUAAUAAUUGAUAAAUGAUAGUUUCCUUACAUGUAACUAACUAAACCUAACAAAAGAAAAGUGAACAAGUCCGUUUCUAGUGGUUAGACACUAAGUCAGAUACUCUCCAUUAAGGAAUUCACAUGUCCUAACGAUGUUUCCUUUGUCCUAUUUUUUUACAGAAUAAGAAAAAUGUUGGUCCUGCAGAAACUCCCCCUCACAGUGGCCCUCUGCCUGCUGCUGCUUGCCACACUGUUACCCAGCUCUGAGGCCCGGCGUGGUCGUGGAGGUGGUGGCGGUGGCUUUGGCCGAGGUGGAGGAGGUUACAGCCGGGGCUGGGGUGGAGGUGGCGGACAGGCCUACAGACCAGCACCUGCCCAGGGGAGUGGUCCCAGUGCAGGGAAAAUAGCAGGGGCAGCUGCAGCGGGCGCCAUAGGAGGAUCAAUGAUCGGGUCUGCUUUGAGCCGCCCUGGGUAUGGGUACGGGUAUGGUGGAGGUUAUGGGGGUUAUGGUGGUGGAUUCGGUGGAUAUGGAGGAUAUGGAGGGGGCUAUGGCUACCCACGAUAUGGUGGUGGUGGUGGCUAUGGCCCCAGGCCUGGCUAUGAGCCCGAGGGCUCUGGAGAUAUGGAGUACUACACUGGCGCAUCCAGUGGCCCCAUCUACAACAGUAUCAUUGUUGUUAUCGGCUCCCUGAUGUCUCUGCUGAUGGGCCACUGGAUGGCAGUCAUGUAGAGCUGGAGACAGAGCUGAGAUUCCAAAAGAAGACGCAGAACCAAACCAUGACCAAAAAUAACCCACGACCUGACUGUACACAGGACCAUUUUUCAUUUAAAGUCAAAUGUCACCUAAAAUAUGAUCCUGGAGAGAUGACAAGCUGUGGCCAAUUUGAGACUUCAGUGACACUCCAUGAGGACAGGAAGAGGAAUUUGACCCAUUUAACAUCUACAACAUGUCAGUGUGACACCGUGCUUCAGUCUGCAGGUGUACUGAUGAACAAAGACAACUUCCUGUUGAUAUUUGUCCAUGAAUAACUAUCUCCAUUGUAUCCUUCACUCCUGUUUUUCCUUUUAAUGUGUCCAGUCUUUUUAUACUUUUGAUGGUUGUAGUACUAAUGACAGUGAUGAUUCAUUGUUUUUUCUCCAUAAACAAUCUAUGAAGACAGCAGGAUAAAAAGAAUAGAUGUGUAAUCAGGUUAAGUCUACCUCAAGAAAUAAUUUCCAGACCGGAGUUUAAGAGCAGCUAUACUCUAAAUAAUAUGAUGCCAUUUCUCAGUAUAUUUCAUCAUUACAUAAUCAUUUUCCCUUCUGAUUCACAUUGUCUACUCUGCAUAUGUUACAUUUUCAAUGUAUUCUUGUAUAUCUGUACAGUACAUAAUUAAAGUACAUGUUUAUGCCAUUCUUUAGACUUUUAUGUAACAGUGCAAAAUAGGGUCCCAUGUUUAAUAUUGUUUUAUAAGUAAAAAGAACUUAGAACAAACAUUUCUGUUGAAUUUUAUUGUCUACAUUGUUUAUUCAGAUGUGACCUGCUAAAAUAACAGUGGAUGAUCCACUGUUUAGACAUGUUUAGAUACCCAACGUCUAUGUGCAUUUUUAAGUGACAACAGUGUAGACUUUUAGGAAAACUCAAGAGUUUUGAACUUGAACAAUUGAUUCUUGACUAAACAGCAGGAACCAAACACAAUAUCUACUCAAGCUCCUCUGUUCCGGAGCUUUCAACCAUAUCUCACUACCAUUAAUCGGCACAUUGAUCUUUCAAGAACAACCUUUAAUCUGACAUGGACAAGAAGUCCUCAGAAUAAUGGAGGGUUUACUGCUGCAACUCCAUAACAGCAGAAUAGUGUUGCAUGACUCAGCUUUUCAGCUGACAAUAACAUCCUGCAGCCUUGCAUCAUAUAUCCGCUUCAUGAGAGCAGCAGCCGAUCACACAAGUGCUCGUGUUUGCUUUCUUCUGUCCUUUACAGUGCUGUAGUAACCAUCUCAGAAUCUGAUGAUGAUGCAGUGUGUGUUUAUAUUAAACAUACAUACAGUAAACAUACAGCAAUGUUCUUCACAUUCAGUAUUUCAUCACAGGCUCAUUACCUGAAACAAGAAGUGUCGCCACACCCUUGUGUUGUUGCUACAACAGACUUGACUUUUUACAGUCUGAGUUUUGGUUUACACUUAACCCAGAGCCAUAUUUUGCCAUAUAUGUAAAAUAAAGUCAGGGAUAGAGGUUUAUUUCUUAUGAAACUCAAUAUUUAUAUCUCAGAAUUACCUGAAUGCUGCAUGUUGUGGUUUUGGAAAUAAACUAUUACUUACAAACAAG